ACAGACACACCUUUCUGAGCAUUUUUCUCAAUUUCUCAGCUCUCUACCAAACCUCUCACACACUUUCUCUACCAAAUCUCUCAACCCUGUUCACGCUCACAAAAAUGGCCGCCAUCGCCACCGACCCCGGCAACAACCGCUUCCUCGAAGCCGCCUACAAACUCAAAACCGGCACCGAAGCCGAAUGCAAAGCCCUCUACGAAGAAUGGGCCGAAACCUACGACGACGACGUCCUCACCGGACAGGCCUACGUCGGACCCAUGCUCACAGCCGCAGCAGUCAAAUCUCACGGCGGAAACCUCGAAGGCGAAUGUCUCGAUGCUGGAACGGGGACGGGACUUUGCGCUGUGGCUUUACAUCAGGCUGGAGCGAGAACUAUUGAUGGGAUUGAUUUGUCCGAGGGGAUGUUGAGGGUUGCGGAACGGACGAAGGUUUUUAGGGAGUUGAAGGCUGUGGAUAUGUCGAAGGCUAUUGAUUUGCCCAGCGAUAAAUAUGAUGUUGUGACUUGUGUUGGAACUUUCACACUCGGACACGUCGGGCCUGUACCUGGUCUGUCGGAAUUGACGAGGGUGUUGAAGAAGGGUGGGGUUAUGGCUGUGACGAUUAUUGAUGAUAUUUGGAUUCCGCAGGGGUUUAAGGCUGAGGUAGAGAGGUUGGAAAAGGAGGGGCAGGUGGAUGUUCUGAGCACAGAAUUGGCGGAUUAUAGGAAGGCUUUCAAUGUGCGGGCACGACUUGUGGUGCUGAGGAAGAAGUAAAUGUAUGCCCAGUCGUGGAGAGGUACUGGGUACAGGUCGUCACAGCUCAACCUUCGUGACAUUGAGGACCUAGAUUAUCGAAGAGAUUUUGUUACAAGUAGAUGUUACAGAUGGGGUGGAAGUA